UGAGCUGAGGGGAAGUUUAUUUCGCAGAUGCUCCCUGGGCAGCUGUGAACAUGGCUGUCAACAGAUGCAUCAAAUUCUUCCUCUUCUUUUUUAAUCUGCUCUUCUGGAUCAGUGGAUGUAUCAUUCUGGGAGCCUCCAUAUAUCUCAAAGUGAGCAAGGAUGGAAACAAGAUUACCAAUAUGGCUGCUCCUAGCACAGAUCUGCUGAUUGCGACUGGGGCCAUAAUCAUGGUUCUGGGCUUCCUGGGUUGCUGUGGUGCGAUCAAAGAGAACAGAUGCAUGCUGAUUCUGUUCUUCACUGGGCUUCUCCUCAUCUUCAUCCUCCUGCUGGCUGCAGGUAUCCUGGGAGCCGUGGCUGAAGACAAGUCUAAAGAGUGGAUGAAAGGGGAGCUGGAGAAGAAGCUACCUUUGGCCAAUCAGACAGAAGAUGUGAAAAGUAACCUACAAGCUCUAGAGGUGGAGUGGAAAUGCUGUGGAUUGAUUAAUGGUCCUGAAGACUGGGGUUCACCAGUUCCAUCCUCCUGCAACUGCAAGGAAACAGCCAUGUGUAAGGAGUUUGAUGGCACACAGGUGUAUAAAACGCCUUGUGCUGAGUUUUUGACGAGCUUUGUGAAAAGAAACCUCACUGUGGUUCUAGGAGUAGCCUUUGCCAUGGCAAUCCUUAUGCUCUUCGGCAUGAGUUUCUCCAUGACUCUGUACUGUCAGAUCAGCAAGAGGGAGACCAGCACAGCGUGAGAUAUAUUCUUCAGAACAGCCCUAAACAAGCAAAAUAAAAUGCAUGCUGUAAGAACUACAGGUUCUGCUCUGUCCGUCUGCAAGGACCUUAGUUUUCAAGAAUGUCUUCAAGCAAACAUUCUUUUUUUCGUUGAACAAAAUUAUGAGCUCAUCAGCUGCCACAAAAAUCUUGUGCAAGUAUGUAAACAAUAAAGUGUUUGUAUGCAUUUGAAGCUGAAGGUUAAUGAUAAAGCCAGAUAUGAUUCAGAUGAAUAAAGGACCUUCGUGUAACAAAGACAUUUUAGAAUGGCUAAUGUUGGAUUUAAUCACUGCAUAACCAUCUGCAUAUUUAUUAUGUACUCUAUACAUUUUAGGUGUAGAUUUACUUGUCUGAUAAAUAUUUAACAAUCCAGACUCAAAAUGUGAUGUUGUACUGUUGAUUUAGAUGGAAAAAUGGAAUUCCCCUGACAUUCUAAUCAAAUGUACUGGUGUGUAUUGUUUCCUAAAAUGUAUUUCAGGAUACAUGUAAUAGGAGUUUAGAUUGCAGUUCAAUUUCUGUGUUCAAACAUGCUUUCGCUAAGCUACAUACUUGUAAUGGACAUUCUUCAGCCCUCCAAUUUGUGAAAAGAAAGAUUACCUGUCUUGAUAUUGGCCUUGCUCUCAUGCUGCAGAUAUUGUAAAUAUAGCAAUUUACCUCUUAAAUAUACUUCAUAUUGUACCUGUAAUAGAAAAUGAUAUUUAAAAGGUAAAUAUACUGCUGCAGUGAGAUGAAACACUAGAACCCAAAGUGCUGUUAAUUACAGAAUAAGGGUGUGGAGCAAUGUAAAUUAAUUCAAUAAAUUUAAAUGUGAAUAAAAUAUUACUUGGUUUUAACCGUAUACCUCUUAGAUACAAAAUUACUCUAGUUUCCACUACAUCAGUGUAAUGAAACAGACUGGGAUCCAAGGUCAAGGCUGACUGGGAGCGGGUGUUCACAAUCAGACACGGCUGCAGACACUGACAUUCUAUCAGACACUGUGCUUUUUCUGUUAUGUUUGUCAAAGUGGUAAAUAAAGAGACACAACACCAGAGUGAAAAAUAUGUCACAUUCAGCCAGUAGGUAUGUGAAUGUAGUAUAGAUAGAUGUAUACCAGGUAGUCUGUGGCCAUCAGACAUUUCCGAAUAUAAAACAGCCUAGUUUAUCUCCCCACACCUGUUCCAGUAAAGAUACCAAUGUAAUCAGAAAUAGAUAGUGGGGGCAACCUGGAAUGACAUAAAAGGAACCUGAACUCUGCUUUCUUUCCAUUUAAGUCUACUGUUGUUGGGGUAAGUUACUAUAAUCAUAAGAUAAGAAUAUAAAAACAACAACCCACAGGCAGGAAUUAUAAUUUAUUAAAGUAAUCAUUUAUAAUAAGAGGCAAAGAUGUAGUGAAAA